UUGGUCACGGUGUUGUGCGGCGUGCGCCACCGGACGCGAGCGAUCUUGAUUCGGUCCUCCCAUGCCGCAGCGCAUCACCCUCACCCUCUCCAACCAACCCACUCGCACAUAACCUACAUUCGAUAAGGGCACAACGACGAAACGAUCUACGACUGCCACGAUUAUACGUCACUGUAAUACCAUACCACGACACAUACAUAAGGCGACGCAGCUGCCCCUUAUUCCUCGCGCAAGAUGAGCAGCACGUACCCGACCAUCCAGUCGCGACCCCUCACACCUCACAUCGCCACGACCUGCACACAUUGCUCCUCUCCGCUCGAGUUCCCCGUGCCACAACCUCUUCCACGCCCCUCAACAUCUCUCAAUGUCCGCUGCUUCAGCUGCAGCAAAGUCUUCACACACGCCUUCUACCCUACCCAGGUCCCUGGCCUUGUGAGCAGCGUCUCCGGAACUAGUGGGCAUGGGCCCUCCCGGAGCCAGAGCGGCGGCGGUGCGAGUGGGAGCCAAACGCCGAAGAGAGGGAGGAAGAUUGGCACGCAGGAGAAGCCGUUGGAAACGGGCUACUACGACCUGCUGGGCGUCCCAGUAGAUGCGAGCACGGAGGACAUCAAGAAGGCAUAUCGACGUCUUGCGAUCAAGUUCCACCCAGACAAGAAUCGCGACGACCCCAAUGCGGAGGAACGGUUCAAGGAAAUCGCUAUCGCGUACCAAACCCUCUCCGAGCCCGAGCUACGUAGGAAGUACAACGAGUUCGGGUCCAAGGACAGCGCGCCGGAAGGUGGGUUCGUCGACCCCGAGGAGGUCUUCGGCACCAUCUUCGGCGGCGAGCGGUUCGUGCCCAUCAUUGGGCACAUUAGCCUUGCAAAGGACAUGAAGGCGGCACUACAGGAAGCAGAAGAGAUGGAGGAGGAUGCGGAAGGCAAACCCAUCCAGCGGGACGCGAAAGGGCGGGAGAUCCUCUCGCCAGAGGAGAAAGCGCGGAGAGAAGAGAAGGCCAGGAAAACGGCUGCGGAGAAAGCAGCAGCACGAGCAGAGCGUAUCGCCAAACUCGUGGAGAACCUGGAGCGAAAAAUGGGCAUCUUUACCGAGAGUACGAUGGGCCUCAACGACGCGCAAGUCACGCAGAGCUAUAGGACCAUAUGCCAGCUCGAAGCAGAGGAGCUGAAACGCGAGUCUUACGGCGCCGAGUUACUUCAAGCCAUCGGCUUCGUCUACGUCUCCAAGGCAAAACAAUACCUCGCCUCGAACCAGACCUUCCUCGGCGUCGGUGGGUGGCUGCACAACGUGCAGGGCAAGUACCACGUCUUCAGCGAAACGAUGUCGACGCUGCGUGCGGCGAUGGACCUGAAGAAUGUGUUUGAGCAGAUCCAGGCAGCGGAGAAGGCGGGCAACCUCUCGCCGGAGGAGCGCCAAAGGCUCGAGGAGCAGGCCGCGGAAAAGGGCCUGCAGGCGCUGUUCAAGGGCACGAAGCUCGAGAUUGAGUCAGUACUCCGCGAGACGUGCGAUCGUGUGCUCGAGGACCCGGCUGUCCCCCGGAGCAAGGCGCAGCUGCGCGCGAUUGCGCUGCAGAUCCUCGGAGAGGCGUACAUGGCGGUGCGGAAGGAGCAGGAUGAGGUGAGGGAGGAGAGCGAGUACGUGAAGGUGGAGACGAAGAACAGUCGGCAGCGCGAGCAGCAACGGGCACAGCAGCCUUGAUGCGUAAUGCGCUGAGUGACUGGUUCGACGUUGACUGACUGAGUGCCGCGAUGACACGCAUGGCCGUGGUCGUGGAUCCUGGUUUGCUGUAGUUGUUGCUGUGUCAAUUUCCCGUGUAGCUAUACCGUUCUGACGCGCAUCCUCAUAUAACGUUUGCCUGGGACUGCACAAGCACGACUCAGCGUACACCACCUAAUAUAUGUCUA